AAAUAAAUGGGGGGAGUUGGGAGUUUAAAGCCCAUCGAGGACAGCUCACUGUCGGCCGCAGAAACAGAGAAAGGAAAGCAGGGGAGCGGGGGAAAGGAGAUUUGCCCACUUUCUGUGGAGCCCACUGAGAUUUAACAGUUACCUUCUUAAUGAUCCUAAGUUCACAAAGCAUUGAAAGCAUAGCCUUCAAUGAACUACCCCAGAAUCUGUAUGAAGAACUACGUCUGAACUGGAGGACUGUUGCUGUGUCUGCAUAUUCGUGAUAGCUCCAUCCUGCAGGUUGCUUGCUUAGAUUUGUGUGCUGUGUCAAAAUGCCUCUCAACAAUGAGCAGAAUAGUGAAUGUGAUUCUUCAAGAUUCUCUGAAAGUGCAGCAUCUUCAUCUAGUGACUCCGAGUACUCCAGACAGAGUUUCACCAGUGAUUCUUCAAGCAAGCCAGGCUCCCCAGCAUCAACAAGCCCUCCUAAAGUGGUUACAUUUGACGAGAUGAUGGCAGCAGCCAGAAACAUGUCAAAUUUGACCCUGACUCAUGAAAUUGCUGUUAAUGAGAACUUCCACAUGGAACGUAUAGAACUUCCUCAGAACAGCUUGCUUGGAAGAGUAAAACAUAUUGUACACCAAGCAUUCUGGGAUCGCCUGGAGGAAGACUUGAAUGAAGAUCCACCUGAAUAUGAACAUGCCAUUAAACUGUUUGAAGAAAUUAAAGAGAUCCUUCUUUCUUUCCUGAAUCCUGGGGCUAAUAGGAUGCGAAGUCAGAUCUGUGAAGUCCUGGACGCGGACCUCAUAAGGCAGCAGGCUGAACACAAUGCGGUUGACAUCCAGGGCAUUGCAAACUACAUCAUCAGCACCAUGGGGAAGCUGUGUGCCCCAGUAAGAGAUGAUGAUGUGAACCAGUUAAAAGCCACCGAGAAUAUUGUAGCAUUGUUCAGGCAAAUAUUCCAUGUUCUGGAUCUCAUGACAAUGGAUAUGGUUAAUUUCACCAUUCAGAGUCUUAGACCUCAUCUUCAGCGUAACUUGGUGGAUUACGAAAGAGCGAAGUUCCAAGAGAUACUUGAAGAAACACCAAGUGCCCUGGAUCUGACCACAGAAUGGAUAAGGGAAUCUAUUCAGGAUGAAUUAUCUUCUGUUUCCUGUGAAACCCCUUCCCCUCCUGGUGCUAAUGGGACCUCUAAACCAAAUCUGAGCCCUACUUCGGUGCUAACCAACAGCUACUUGAAACUACUACAAUGGGAUUACCAGACAAAAGCAAUUCCUGAGACACUCAUGACGGAUGAAGGCCGCCUUCAGGAGCUAUCAGAGAAGUUGUAUCAGCUGAAGAUUAUAGCAUGCGUCUCUCUCAUAACAAGCAACAUGUUGGCUUCAGUUAUUGAAGGCAUUCCUACAUUUGUUGAGAAACAAAAGAAUAUUGCGUUUGUCUUGCUUGAUGGUUUGAAUAAGAAGAAUUUCAAUUUAAAAGAAGCUCUUAAUGCAAUAGGUAUCCAGACAUGUAGUGAAAUAAACAAGUCCCUGACUGAACGAAGUUUUCCACCACUGGAUAAGGAAGUCCAAGCAAAUUUAGUGGGUCAGCUCUGCGGCAUUGUUGAUGAGGACAAUUCUAUCAGCUCCUUAAUUGAGAAACGAAUUCAUUUAUAUAUGAGGAGCCUCCUUGCAUCUCCAUGCCUCCAAAAGUCUAUGCCUGCAAUUCCAGGAGGCCUUGUGGUGGUUCAGGCUGAAAUGGAGACCAUUGGUACACAAUAUGCCAACAUUGUUAACCUGAAUAAACAGGUGUAUGGACCAUUCUAUGCAAAUAUUCUUCGAAAACUGCUUUUUGGCAAUGAUGAAGUCAACAAAACAGAACUUGCACCUUCAACUAAAUGAAAUAUUUUGGAUCUAUUUUGUUCCUUCCUGUUUCACAGUAUUUAUAACUUGGUUUGUAUUUGUAUCUUUCCAAACAUGUGUAACUUACAAUGACUGUUAAUGAGAAAGAUAAAAAUACAUGUCUAAAUGGAUUUGACUAUAAAAAUUAUAUUAAAAUACAAAUUCCCCUAGAUCCCUAAUUUUUAAAAAAAGCCUAAAUCUAGAUAUAGUAGACCCAUUACAUGAAGUUCAUUGGUUCCAUGGGUCUGCUUUAGUUUGUACUCACAAUUAACAUUUAUAUUUCAAGAGAUGAAUUCUCUUUAUAAAGAUGGAUGUAACUUUUCUUGCACUAGAUUAAUGCAAUUUUUUCAUACAUACACACACACACACACACACACACACACACACACAUAUAUAUAUAUAUAUAUAUGCUGACUAGCCACUAAUGCCUCUUUCAAAUGUUUAAUAUACUUUAUUUAGCACCUUUAUUGCAGACAAACUUACUUUCUGGAAUUGAGACUUAAUCUGAAUUACAAUAUUAGGACCUAACCCAUACCUUCUUCUCCCAAAGUGGCUUACUAAUAAAAUAGUGAUAUUAUUCCUUCUACUACUCUUUUGCUUAUGAAUUGGCAAAUGAGAUGGACAGUUGGGCAUAGAAGAACAAGUGGUAUUCUUUAGAGUUUCUUAGGCUUUCUACUUUUGGCAUUCUUUAAUCCAUUUUUCAUAGCAGUUCAAUCCCACACAACAAAGAUAUGUUAAAAAUAAACUGAUUGUCCCAAAGAAUUGAGAAUAUAUCAUAGCCUGUUUCUAAAUUAGUGAUAUUUAAACAUCCACCAUGGCUCUGCCUUAUUAGAAAUAUGUUUAUUGCAUAUUUUUUCCUAAAGACAGAGGAUCGUUUUAAUGUAGCAGAUCUCUUGAGAGCCUGCGGUAUUAUAUGCAAAAUUUAUAGCACCUUUAUAUAUAUUCAAAUUAUUGAAAAUAGAAAGGCUCCAUACAUUGGAUAUAAAGUCCUUCUUUCUGUAAUAUAAUGAAUAAUAACUUGAACAAACAUUUGCUUUUAGAAUGUGUAUAGCAUUCUGUCACUGUGAUUCAAAUGGCAAAUGUUGAAUUCUAUAAAUGUAACAACCACUGCAAAUACAUGUUUCUAAAUAACCCCUACUGAAAGUUUAUAUCUCUGAAUUGUAUUUUUAUAAGAUUUCAUCUUAAACUACAUUGGGAACAAGGUGGAAUUUCUUAACUCUAUAGUGCUUCUGAUCACACACAAAUACACACAUACAAACAUUAAAAAGAAACUGAAUUUUAUAUGUACAGUAAUUGAAUUUUAGAAGCAUAAAUAAGUUGAUUUGUUUAUUUUAAAAAACCCUUUAUUUUAUUUCACAUAUUUAUUCUCAAACUGAUGCUCACUUCCAGUUAGAAAAUAAAAUUUCUUUGUAUUGUAAAUUCAGAUUUCCCUGUUGGAUUAAACAAAAAUAAUUUUGUGGGAAAUACAUAUUCAACAUUCAGUUUAAUGACGGAUACUAGCACCAGGCAACUUCAAUUUUAGAAUGACUGCUUGAAAAAUACACAAUUCUUCUUAAGAUGCCUUUCAAACUUACUUUUCACUAUUCUGUUCUUGUCCUACCUUCAAAUAUUUUGAGCACAUGGAAGCAAAUACCAUCCCAGAUACAAAGAGGGGAAUGCUAUUGUGUUCUUUUUUAAAAAAGAAAACUAUGAAUUGUCUAAAACGUUUUGGAUCUAGAUAUGGAUGGGUGAUGUUAUAAAUAUCUAUGAGAAACUUAACUGUAAUGAUUUUGUUGUGGGGUUGUGUGUGUAUAUGUAUUCCUUUGAUUUUUUUAAACACUAUGUAUGCAGGGAGAUGAAGUUCAGUAAAAAUACUUUCCAAGAGUUUCUUAUUACCUGAGAAGCUAUGGGAUGAGUUGACACCUUAACUUUUUUUUUUAAAGAGUACUACUCAGAGGGUUGUUGAAGGCUUUCAUGGCCGGAAUCACUGGGUUGUUGUGCAUUUUCUGGGUUGUAUGGCCAUGUUCCAGAAGCCUUCUCUCCUGAUAUUUCACCCAAAUCUAUGGCAGGCAUCCACAAUAUGGCCAUACAACCUGGAAAAUGUACAUCAACCCACUACUCACAGAAUCUCACAGGUGUUGUGGCCAUGGUGGCAAAGGAAUUCUUGGCAUUUUGGUCCAAAGAAGUAACUUUGUUUUAGCUUUGGUUGAAUUCAAGCAAAGUUGUCAUAGUUGGGUCCCACUGAUUUCAACGGUGAUGAAUUUUAAACAACUUAGUCUGAAUUCAGUAUGUUUUGGAAAACUUUCAGGCAGAAGACUAUGAGGAAGCAAUAAUUUUGUGAUUUUAUCUAUGACUUGAAAAGGGCAUUUUAUAUAGCAUGGUAUGUCCAUUUAGCAAUCCGUACAUGUUCUCUAAUGUUCAUAAUCUUUUCAAUGUUCAAAUUAAUCAGUUCAUUUAAUUUGUCCCUCUUGCAUGUUGCGUGGUGAAAUUAUCCAAAUAUGUUUAACUCUAUUCUAUUCCCUUCUCCCUAGCCCUACCAGGGCUGAAUGAAAGCAAGGUAUUGUUAUGUAACUGGCUUAUUUUUGUGUUAAUAUCUGUAUUAAUUAAAUUCUGUUUGACUUUUAAAGUAUUGUGUAUAUUCAAGUGGGAAGCAAAAUGGUAAGACAAAGCACAAAGAGUAAUGAGACGCAAAAUUCUGAAAUGCAGGUUUUGUGAUGACCGAUGCCAUGAGCAUGGAUGUAUCUACAAUGUGAAUUUAAUGGAGUUUCACACACUUUUAACUUCCCUGACUUUGCUUUUGGGGUGGAAAGAUUGGCCGCUUACGAGAAACGUUGCCCAGGGGACGCCCGACUGAAUUUACUCAAUCUUCGAGGAGGCUCUUUCCGUGUCCCCCCCCCCCCAUGAGGGUCUUCCUCCAGGGGCAAACCAAGAAUGGGCAACUUGGAAGUCCCUGAACAGACUCAGAAGUGGAGUGGACAGAUCAAAAGACAACCUGGCAAGGUGGCACUACCUGGAGGAAUCCUCCACCUUGUGUGACUGUGGAGCAGAACAAACAACUCCGCAUAUGUAUGCUUGCCCACAAUGUCCUGCCUCAUGCACGGAAGAGGAGUUGUUUAAAGCUACAGACAAUGCGGUUGCUGUUGCCCGUUUCUGGUCUAAAACUAUUUAGUUGUUUGUGAUUUCCUCUAUUUUUUUCCCAUCAUUUUCAAAUGUAUCUGUUAGGCAAUGCUUUUGACGCAAAAUAAAAAAAAAGCCCUGGCCUUGUCUUUCUCAA